AUGGCAGAGGGUCAGAACUUCCAACAAUGGCACGUCAGCGAGCCGUAUCUGGAUACGCACUGCUCACUCGGCGAGGGGCCUUACUAUGAACCCGACACUCACACGCUGCGCUUCAUCGACAUCAUCAAGAAGCAGCUUCACACCGUCUCGCUUACCGAGGGGACCUCCUCGCUCAAGACUCUCCAGUUCGACGAAUCCGUCACCGUCACGGCUGACGUCGAGGGCCGGGAUCCGCAGGAUACUCUCUUGAUUGGAGCCAAGCAGGGCCUGGCAGUGUUGGACAGGAAGACGGGGAAGUACGAGUAUGUGACCAAGUUUGGGGAGGCGAAGGGCGAGCGCAUCAGGAGCAACGACGGCGCGGUCGAUCCGAACGGCCGGUUCUGGCUUGGUACCAUGACGGAUUUCGGGUUGGGGCCGUUCCAGCCAGAGGGGUCCCUCUACCGCUUCUCCCACGCCACCGCAGCCACGCCGACCCGUUCCGGCCUCACCAUUCCCAAUUCGGUCGGCUUCUCCCCGGACGCCCGCACCAUGUACUUCACGCACUCGUCGGCCCGCGAGGUGUUCGCCUGGGACUACGACCCCACCGACGGCUCCGUGUCCAACGAGCGCGUCUUCUACCGCCACGACGGGCCCGGCGAGCCCGACGGGUUCCGCGUCGAUACCGAGGGCAACCUGUGGCAUGCCGUCUAUGGCGAGUCGCGCGUGCUCAAGAUCAGCCCCGAGGGUAAGGUCGUGGGCGAGGUCAGGAUCCCGACGAGGAACGCCACCUGCUGUGAUUUUAUCGGUGGUGGGGAAUUGGUUAUCACCACGGCUGGCGAUGACGAGGGCGAGGGGGAGAGUAAGAAGUUCGGUGGGGCCGUCUUCAGGGUGCAGGUUGGCGCUGAGGGGACGCCUAGGUUUGCUUACCGGCUGUGA